UGUUAUUGAAGAGCUGCUGAGCCAAUCAGGAUGCAGUGCAGGCAAAGAUAGCAGGAAAGAAGCAUUGAAGCAAGUAGGCAAGAAGAAAAAAAUACACUGCAGUUGUGUGUGUGUUGAGUUUUUAUCCCUCCCUCGAGCAGAUCUGUAUCAAUUUGAAUACUUCAGUCUUGGAGUGCAAGUGUGUGUGUGAGUGUGUGUGUGUGUAUGUGACAGAGUUUCAGAGGACCAGAGCGGAGGUGUGUCUUCUCCACUCAGCCAGGCAUAUUUAUUCUGAAACUGGAAGUGAGACAAAGUGAGAGAAGACUGAUUAUUUCUCUCCUUGUCUAAAAGUGUCUCGGGGUCUGCGGGAAAGGGGGGGGGAGCUCAUAGUCCAGGAGAGCCUUCUGCUAACAAGAGUCUGAGCUUACUGCCUAAGUGAUGAAGUUUAACCUGUUCAAGCAUCAGACGACGCCCAUGGUUGCUGCUAAGCCGACGACGACCAGCGACUUGAGCGUCACUCCGGCUCCUGUCGCAUUAGUCUCUGCAGAGAACUCCACUGAGCCGGUCAACAAGAACGAUGCCUUUGACGAGAUCAAGAACAAGUUCCUGAAUGAAAUUGACAAGAUCCCACUGCCGUCCUGGGCUAUCAUCGCCAUUGCCGUGGUCGCUGCUUUACUGAUUCUAACAUGCUGUUUCUGCAUCAUCAAGAAAUGCUGUUGCAAGAAGAAGAAGAACAAGAAGGGCAAGAAGGGGAAGGGUGACAUGGGGAUGAAGAACCUGAAAGGAGGAGAGAAACCACAGGAUGAAGAUGAUGAGGAGGAUGAUGUGGAGCCAGGACUAACUGGGGAUGAGAAGGAGGAAGAAGUGAAGGAGAAAGAAAAGCUUGGAAAGCUGCAGUACUCAAUUGACUAUGACUUCCAGGAAAAUAAGCUUACAGUGGGAAUCCUACAAGCAGCCGAUCUCCUCUCCAUGGACAGCGGAGGCACUUCCGACCCUUAUGUCAGGGUUUAUGUUUUGCCUGACAAGAAGAAAAAGUUUGACACAAAGGUUCACAAGAAAACACUUAAUCCUGUCUUCAACGAGACCUUCACCUUUAAGAUUCCAUUCCAAGAGAUGGGUGGGAAGACACUGGUGAUGUCCGUCUUUGACUUUGAUCGUUUCUCAAAACACGACAUCAUUGGAGAGAUUAAGAUACCCAUGAACACCCUGGACCUGGCUAAGCCAAUCGAAGAGUGGAGAGACCUUGACAGUGCAGAUCAAGAAGAGCCAGAGAAGCUGGGAGACAUUUGCAUCUCCUUACGUUAUGUCCCCACCGCUGGCAAACUCACCAUCUGUAUUCUGGAGGCGAAGAACUUGAAGAAAAUGGAUGUGGGUGGACUAUCAGAUCCCUACGUGAAAAUUAACCUGCUGCAGAACGGAAAAAGACUGAAGAAAAAGAAGACGACGGUGAAGAAGAACACCUUGAACCCCUACUAUAACGAGUCCUUCAGUUUUGAGAUUCCUCUUGAGCAAAUGCAGAAAAUCCAAGCUGUGAUCACGGUGCUGGAUUAUGACAAGAUCGGCAAGAAUGAUGCCAUUGGGAAGAUCUGGGUGGGAAGCAAGUCCACGGGGGCCGGGCUGAAACACUGGUCCGACAUGCUGGCCAACCCCCGUCGCCCCAUCGCCCAGUGGCAUCCGCUUCAGCCAGAGGAGGAGGUGGAUGCUGCCCUCGCCGCCCUGAAUGCCAAGAAGUAAUCUCCUAGUCCCUCCGCACCCACCUCCCAUGCAUUCCCAUUGCUCCACACAAGUCCCACAUAUCAGAAUAUAUUCCAGAAGAACACCCCAUCUGCACCCCCAUCUUCCUCUUUCGCAUUUCAAAAGAUCCAUAGAAACUAUCUGACAUGAAAGGAAAUGUAGUUACAAUAUGAUGUUCUAUUAAUGUCACAGAGAAAAGAAGACAAGAUACAUGAUGAAUAGAUAGUUAGGUUCUUUUAGAUCUAUUUUUCUAUCGGAGUAGUGGUUCCAUUAAUCUAAAAUCAGAGUAGGUCGCUGUUGUAGGAGCGCCAAAUCUGUUGAUGGAGGGGAUAAAACAUACAUUCACUCACAUUGUACUUCUCACCCUUUCCCUUUAGUGACACAGUUUGCUUAGAAUAGCGCUUAAUAAUAAAAUGCUUUAUACUGCCAUAUUAUAGAGAAAUAACACAAGCAGGUCCAUUCCGUAGGUGUUUUGUGCACCAUGUCCCACACCUGCCAGUUAUCAUCCUAUAGAUGAUUCUGUUAGUUUAAAGUACAUUCCUAGACCUGGGUAGCAAAGUAGGGACAGGCACAUAUCCAGUUACCCACAAACACUGCCUUUUGAUUGGUUAACCUUUCACCCAUCAUCUCAGGAAACCUGAGAGGAAACUGAAACUCCAUGCCUUUUUUUUAAAUGGGUUGUUGUUCAGAGCUCCCACUUAAAGAGUUGAAGUUGGAUUAUCAAUGAACCAAUGCUUAUGGCUAGUGUUGGUUAUAUAAAGUAGUCCAAGUGGGUAAAAAGGAUGACUGUGCAUUUUUAAUUGUGCAAAAAAAGACAAAAAGCCGCGUCUGUCAUUUCAACAACAACAAGUAAAUAAAGGGUUUAAAAAUCAGAGCGGGAGCAACAGAGACUGAUCCCAUUCACCACUGGCAUGAUAUUUACAAGGUGUUGAUUACUGCCUACAGUCUACCGCAUCCCCUUCCCAACGCCUCUGUUUCUGUAUCUCAUUUGUUCAGUGCUACUGUCAUUAGUCAUGGACCUGACACAAGGGUUUUACUUCAAAGGAAUCCCUAUAACCGUCUUACAGUCAUAAAGGAGACAAGCCUUCCAAGUAACAAAAUAAGCAAUUUUCAACUACCAGGGACGCCUUCCGGUUAGAGGUGUUGUUCUCUUCAUUUUCCCUUUUUUCUUUUACAAUUUUGUUAAACUUCAAACAUUUUUAUUCCUUAAGCACCUUAAAUUUUGAUAUCAUUUGUAAGAAGUCAGAGCUUUAAUUCCUUAGAAGGUUCUUUUUGUUGCUUUUGUUUCUGCUUACUGAUCUCAUCGUAUGUGUGAGUGUUUAAUUGUUCAGAUAUUACAUUUCUCACUUGAUUGCAGAAAUACGGUCUAUAAGUCACUGGUCCGUGUGUGUUUUAUACACAGCUUACCAAACUGUUGAUUAUAAUUGCACUACUGGUUACCGUUCUGUUUUUGUGCUAUCGACACUGGUCUUUGAUCUGUUUUUGUUCCUUUGUGAUAAAAUGUGGUGAAACUGAAUCUCUCUGUGGCACACGCAGACAGCCCUUGUCUUCUAAACAUGCAGCAAAAGAAGAACAUUUGAGUUCAGUGCUGCCACAUGCAUGCGGUUCAGUACAGAGAGCUAAAGAAUUCAUUCUGUGAAAUCAAAAGCAAAUUAAAGAUGCCAACUGAGCUGCUACACUUUCAAUCAAAUGACCAAAUGACAGCUCCUAAAAACAGCAGUGUGGACACUUCAUUUAUUGAACAUUUGAACCAAACACACAUUUACUUGAUCAUAAUUUCUGCUGAGCCGUUAGCCUGCUAAUCUCCCAUUUUUAUAAGAAACACAUUCUCAGCACAAAGGAGCGUGUUUCCAGAGCAGGUUGGACUCCACCACCACUUCUCCUUGUCUCUGAUCCUGUCAGUGUUGUUCAUUAGGUGUCUCUCAUGGUGUAGUCACAGUGAGCAGGGUCUGCUUUCUGCUCUAUGCAGAUGAUGUGGUUCUGUUAGUAUUUUUAGGCCAUGAUCUCUGGCGUAUCCUGGAGAGGAUUACAGCUAAGUGAGUGUCAGCUCCUCCAAGUCUGAGACCAUGGGUUCCACUGUAGAUAGGUGGAAUACACCCUCUAGGUUUGGGGGUGGUCUCUGCCCUAGGUAGAGGAGUUUAAGUACUCUGAAGUCUUCAACAGUAAUGGUAGACUGAUAGGAUUAAGGCUGUAACAAGGGCAUUGCUUCAGUAUGUUUUGGUAAAAAUGUGACUAAGCCAAAAGGUAAUUUCUGGUUUGUCCGCAUUCCAACUUCCACCUAUAGUCAUCAAAGAUUUUGCUUACAAGUGGAUUGACUGUUUCCUCCAUAGAGUGGCCAUGAUUGCUCUUACACUUCUACCAUGCCAUGGCCAGAGAGCCUCUGCUCCUCACUGGAAGAAUUGGUUGAGGCAGUUUGGGCAUGUGAACACAAUGCCCCCUGGUCAUCUUUCUCAGGAGAUUUUCCAGGUACGUCCCUCUGGGAGUACACUGGUGAAGGCUCUUGAUUAUGUAAGGUUUGGUAAAUCCUUGCAGGACUGGAAGAAAUCCUUGGGGCAGAACUGAAGCUUUUAAAAACCACCUUGGUAACCUCUUAGAAAAGGGAUGUCUGGGAUUCCCCCUAGAAUGUUUACCUUAGAUGGACAGUCUUUGUAGGAAAAUAAAAUGGAUGGAUGAACAGAUUUAUGUAUAAAAUUAAAAACCAUUAGAAUGCUGCUUAAUUUACAACUGUGAGAGUUUUUCAAAACGUAAUAUUCCCUAUUUCCUGUUUCCUUUAUGGCUACAGUAACGUCAGUGGAAUUCUUUGGCUCUUUGUAUCUGCGAAUGAAGAUUUUAUCAAAGAGAAAUAUCUGGUGAUGGGCUUUGGUUUGCAGCAGAGUCCAUCACUCUUGUUCAGUUAAAGGUGUGAAAUGUGUUUGGAUGCCAGUGUGCUUUCUUACUGGGUUAGCUAUGAAUGGCAAAAUGAAAACAAACAAAAAAAUCUGAUUGAAUGCAUAGAUGUUGAAAACUGCUACGUGACUGUGUGCAAGCAUAAAACACUUUUUUUUGGUAUCACCAUAGAUUUUUUUGAGGGGACAUUUAUGAAUGUUUGUUCAUGUGUUCCCAUAUUUUUGUUGGAAAGUGUAACAUAGACCUUUGCAUCAAUCCUUUUUCUUCAAAUUUACCUCAGUUAAUGAAACAACACUAAAGAAAAGGCAACAUGGAAGCAAUGAAGCAACUCAUCGGUGUGUAGUUUGGCCUGUAUACAUAGUUCAUCCACAUUGCAUGUUUAUACAAAAUACUGUACAUAAGAGCAUGUUUUAGAGACAAAGCAAAAAUAUCUUGUGUAUGUAAAUUGGUGUCAUUUUGCCAUUUUAAUAACACAACAAAAGAAAAAAAGAUGCACUGUAUAUUUUCUAAAUAGAGCAAAGUGUGUAUUUAUUUUCCAUGAGGGUCAUUGGAGAGAAUGUCGUCCAGCUAUUAUAGUACUAUUACUAAUAACAAGAACCUUUUCACGCCUGAAAUUCUUAAGCAAGUGUGUUGUCCAGUGCUGUGUGUGAGUUCAUGUAGGAAGAAAAAUGUAGCCGCAUGCUUGCUAUCCAGAUUUCUUGUGCUCAGAUUUCAGUUUUGGGUAAGCUUUUGUUGCCAUUCACUUCUGUUCACCGGUAUUUUCAAAUGUUCAUGUUUGAUCUGUACUUUUUACCUUUUUAUUUCUUUAUUUUUGGUUUGAAAAGGGGAUCUCCAAGUCUCUAGUACUGGAUGCAGAGUCCACCAGGGGCGUGUCCAGAUCUUUUAAAAUGGGGUGGCCCAGGUGAGGCACAACUUUGUGCAUGGGUGGCACCAAUUGUUAUGCUUUUUAUUUAUUUAUUUAUUUAUUUUUACCCCUAAGCCUUUUGUGGACAAUGAAAAACCUAUUUAAAGGUAAAUUAGUGUGUUGGCACCUGGGGUGGCCAAUCAGAUUCCAUGGGUGGCAUGUGCUACCCCAGGCCACUACCUGGACACGCCCCUGGAGUCCACUUAAAUACUUAUGUAUAAAGAGGAUUUAUUAUUUAUUGAAGUUGUACAAAACUUAUUUGUGACAAGAAUAAAAUGUGAUGGACCUAUUCUAAACUUUAUAUGUCCGUGGCCAAAAUAAACACGGAAUAAUCACAUUCCAAUCCGACUUGGAAUCCCCUCUUUUCCUUUUAAAGUAAAACGUUAUUUAGCCUUUUUUAUUUGACUGACCUGCAACACUUUAUGACUGUCCCUCUUUUACUCUGUUUAUUAUACAGUAAAUGUGCGUGUAAACAAAAUAAAUUAAUAGGUAACACCUCCUUUUACAGUCCCCUAAUUACUAUGUACUUACAUGGUAAUUACAUAGUAAGUUAAAGUGUAUUUUUGUUACUGAGCUCUUAAACAGUUAUUACCAUGUAACUCAGGUUCAAUUCUAGUUUUAUUUUUAUUAACCAUUCCCAGUAAAUACUACUUUACACAAUAAUUACACUUAAUUACAAUUAUACACUUCAAUUACACAAUAAUACACUUUAACUUACUAUGUAAUUACAAUGUAAGUACUUAGUAAUUAGGGGACUGUAAAAUGUAGUGUCCCAAUUAAUAAGUUAUAACUAAAAGCCAUAAAACUCAAGCACUAACUCUUUAGAACUCAGCUGAACAGCUCGAGUUUAUUUACAAGAAGGAAGAAAGAAAAAUCUGACGUCUUCUGUUUUUUACCAUGGUAUAUGUUUGUUCUACAUCCCUUUAGAGGUCUUUGUUCAUCAAGAGGGUAAAACCAAUCUGCUGAAUGUGAAUGCAGCUGCGACUUCAGCAGAGGGAGUGUUCGUUUUCUACUUUCAGAACUGCUGAUGUACUUGUUUCAUCCAGGUAGCUGAUUUUACUGUGUUGUGUUCACUAAUCUAUGUCCUGUUUAGUUGGUAUAGAUAAUAGAUGUUACCGCAUUAAGGUUUAACUGAUGAUCCUAAAAUAUAUCUAUGAGAGUAUGGUCUGUUUUAGGGCAGAGUGCAAUUUAUGAACCAAACUGGGUCGUGCUUGUAGUUUUUCUUCUUCCCGUUUUGCAGGAGAACAUAUUCGUACAAUCAAAAAUACUCGAUGGAUGGUUGGAGGUUUGUUAGGAUGGCUUCUGUUGUUGUUUUAAUCAAAAGUUCAAACCACAAUGAUUAAAAUGAAGCAAAAGAACCUUGAACCCAGGUUUAUAGCCUGAAUCCUUCUCAUAGUACUAUGCAUACGUUUAUGAUUUAGACUUUGGCAGACUCACAGCUGCAGUGUUAAUAAUAAAACUUGCUCUCUUGCCAAGAGGUAUUUAUGAUCACUACAUACAGAAAUGAAAACAAAUAUAUAUAAAUAAAGUUGGCACUCACCAUCUUGGCUGGUGACGGGGAAGGUGGGAGAGCAGAGCGUGUCUCGGCUAAAAGAAGCUAACCAUUAGCGACUGCUACAUCCCAACAUGACACAUCUCCUGGGAGUUUGAAAUAAACAUCAACAUUUUGUAGUUUUCUCGGUUGUGGCUAAAUCCCAAACAUUAAACAAUAACUAGAGUUGGUGCCAAAACAAACUAACUGACCCCUAGUGGCUGGCUGCAAUAUAACGUUUAGGUCCAGCCCCCAACAUUUGAAUGAGUGGGACAGUGACUUUAUUUAAAAUGUAAAGUUAAAUCAUAGAAAAGUUUCAUUUUAUCCCUAUUAUUGUGUGUAGGUGGGUGGGCGGGACCUUCAGGUACAUAGUAGUUUUUUAAUCACGUUGUAUAUUAGCAGCGAGCUGUACUUUUUCAACAGAGCACUUACCUUUACUGUACUUGUGCUGUUGCAAUACUGCAAUUUCCCCACUGAGGGACUAAUAAAGGUAUUCUUAUUCUUAUUCUUAACCACACUAAAAUAAGUCGGGUCUUGUUUAGCUCCUGGUUAGAAAGCAAGAUGCAGAGUUGUGUGCUUUUUUUAUUUUCUAAGAGUCAAAACUGUUUUGUCACCUCAGUCAGAGUUUUCAUGAAGUAAACUGUUCUGGCAACAUCCUCAGUGUGUUGCAUGAAGCUGCACAUUGUCUGAUGCAAUAUAGCAAUGUCCCGCUGAUGCUAUUGACUGUGACCAAAUGAUGCACUGAGAGCAGUUUAAAUGCAGUUCCAGUCAUUAUAUAAAAAUACUGCCACCACCUGAUUACAGCUGCCAGCGUUCAUCACCUCUGUUUGGUUCUGUAAAGCCAAGAUAAAAAUUCAUACAGAGUACAGAAUGCACCUGAUAGCAAUGAGGCUAAUGUGAUUACAGGUGAACUUAUAGCACAUGUAAAGGUAUUAUGGGUUUCCUUUAACUGAUCAGGUUUGCCACAGUCAACCAUUUCCGGAAGUUCAGUGGGGGGACAGAGAUUAGGAGGUGUGUCACCUUGUCAAAUUAUGGGCUUUUCUGCAGAUAUGAAACAAAAAUGUAGUAAUGGACAAUAAAACUUACAGUACAGUGCAUGUGUGGGACACAUAACUCAUUCAUAAACAUACAUUAAUUUGUGGACACGUAUUAUUCUAAAAACAGUUAUGGGUUAUGUAUGUCUAUAUGUCUGUUUUAUAGCUGCCUGUAGAUGUAUGAUACCUUAUGCACAAAACGCAUCUGAAGAGGUGCUGUUCAGCUGUGCACCAGUCAUGCAGAUGUAGUGUAUUUUGUUUUAUUUUGAACAAACGCAGAGAUUUAAAAAGGGAAACCAUGCAAAGUUCAAUCCAUUAUCCAUCUUGCCAAAAUGUGUUGCUGAGUCUCUCAGCAGACCGACGUUGCUUUGAAACAUGCUUUCUUGUGUCUUCUGUAUGUCUUCUUUUUUGCAUAGGUGUAAUACUUCAGCUAUUUUGAUUAUUCAUUUUUAUGAAGGAUAUUUGUGAUGAAGAAGGUGAGACUGUGUUUGAGGCAAUGCAAGAGGGUUUUUUGUGUAGCAUUUUCAGUCUGUUGGCAUCCUUGUCUUAAGUGUAACCAGCUGCCAGUGUCAUUAAGAGGAAUCUGAAUCGGCUUUAGUGGAGCAUAAAGAAUGCUGGCCUUCAUGUUUACCACACGGACAAAACGUAUACUGCCGAACAUGGAGGACCGUAACCCAAACACCCCUCUCGAGUGCUCAGCCCUCCCUUGCUCAUCCCCAAUGCAGCUGUAUUUUCUUUUCCUUCUAUCCCUGCUUCACUUCUUUUUCUUCAUCCUCUCCCAAACCAUCAGAGGACAGUCAGGUUGUGUCCCCUAGCUGUUUCUUUGUGUCUAGUGUCGUGGUGCGCGUGUUCAUGUCAGUACUUGUGCCUACUGUGGAUCGCAUGCUUUAGCCUUUGACUGGACACAAACGUUGCUCACAAACUCCUCUUGACCCUUACAUGGACAUACAUUGGGGCUCCUUAUUGAAGUUAUCAAGGGAACCAAACAACUUAUUACAAAUUUAUCAUAAGUGUUACCAGUUCUGUAAAAACAAAUAGGAAAUAAAGGCCUUUUAAUAACCA